AGGUAUGGACGAUCAUCGUUUCACUGACACAAUUUUGAGAACAACUAAUGUUCAAUCUGCGAUACAAAGAUUUGAGAAACGAGCCCCUGUUUCUGCUCCACCAUAUCGAGAAUCUGAGCCAUUCAGAGAAGUUUUGAAAGAUGAACCGGCACCACCAUUUUUACAAAAACAGAAUUCCUAUGAUUCACCGUUGUUUGUCAACACUAACAUUGUGUAUCCUGUGGAACAAAAUUCAUAUUUUCCACAAAUCACACCUCCACGCGAGCAUGUGACAUAUGGAAUUAUGAAUGAUUCCAAAAUGGAUGAUUCUAUCGAUAGUGCCACGUUGAAUAGAUUCGAGACUGGUUUCAAACCUUCGAAUUUCGGAAAAACCAUACAAGGAAUUUACAACUCAACAGAGCAUCCACAGCAAACACCAGAAGUUGUACUACCAUCGAGUUUAUCAGUUGAUCUGAAUGUCAUGUCACCUGAAGUGUCACCUCCAAAACCAGCUGAACGGCGGAAGGUGGUUAAACCAAUUGAAGAUAACAGCAAACUGGAUCCUGAGGUGAUAUUCACAAAGCAAGAGCGCAUUGGUCGCGGCUCUUUCGGCGAGGUUUAUAAGGGUAUUGACAAUCGAACUGGACGAGUUGUUGCCAUAAAAAUCAUUGAUCUUGAACAAGCAGAAGAUGAAAUUGAAGAUAUUCAACAGGAAAUUCAAGUGCUCAGUCAAUGUGAUUCACAGUAUGUCACCAAAUAUUUUGGCAGCUUUCUCAAGGGAUCAAAAUUAUGGAUCAUUAUGGAAUACCUCGGUGGAGGCUCAGCGCUCGAUUUAACUAAAAGUGGAAAGCUGGACGAAAGUCAUAUCGCUGUGAUUCUUCGCGAAAUUUUGAAAGGUCUCGAGUAUCUGCAUAGUGAAAGAAAAAUCCACAGAGAUAUUAAAGGAGCCAACGUUUUGUUGGACCGUCAAACAGCGGCUGUAAAAAUUUGUGAUUAUGGUGUGGCAAAACCACUCGACACAGUUUUGAAAGCGAAUACUUUUGUGGGAACUCCGUUUUUUAUGGCUCCUGAAGUGGUUAAAGGCGAAUAUAGUAUUGAGGCUGAUAUCUGGUCAUUAGGAAUCACAGCAAUUGAACUGGCAAAUGGUGAACCUCCGCAUUCUGAUCUUCAUCCAAUGCGUGUAUUAUUCUUGAUCCCGAAAAAUCCACCUCCAGUAUUACAAGGAAGUCAGUGGUCGAAACCAUUUAAAGAGUUUGUUGAAAUGUGUCUGAAUAAGGAUCCUGAAAAUAGACCAUCCGCAAGCACUCUUCUUAAACAUCAAUUUAUCAAACGAGCCAAGAAGAAUAGUAUUCUGGUAGAUCUCAUCGAACGAGCAGCCGAAUAUCGGUUGAGGACGGGAGUUUCAAGUGACAGUGAUUUAGACGAAGAUUCUGAUGGCGGAGGUGGAACAAGUAAAUGGGAUUAUCCAACGGUCCGCGGGCCACGUGUUUCAGCAGAUGAUGAUGGGACUGUACGACAAAGGACUGAUAGGCCAAGAGCUCAAGUUGAUCGAAGAUCGCCUAGUGGAUCUCCGGGUGGUACCAUAGUUAGAGGAAGUCCACAAGUUGCUGCAGUUGCCGAACAGCUUCGAAAUUCUUCGGUUGGCUCCUCUGGUUAUGGAUCAGGCGGAAACUCGGCAUCGUCUCAAUAUGCAACAUCAUCAUUGCCUCAAUCUCAUACAGCUUCAUCUGGAGGUGCUACUACCAUCACGCUUGGAAGUCCAAAUGGAAGUCCAACAUCUUCACUUGCAAGAACACAAUCCAUGGUAUCACCAAGUGGACAACGAUCCGGUUCUGCCCAAUCUUGGGAACUUGAACGUGGAAAUCGACCUAUGAGCGAACGGGUAUCAUCGCAAGUAUCCCCGUCGAAAUAUAACCAACACAGGACAUCAUCGAGCAAUGGUGUGCAAGGUGGAAGUGGUGGUCGUCGAGAAUACAUCAAUGGAUCUGGAUCUGGAUUAAAUGGAAAUAGUUCUAAUCAGAAUCAUUCUGAAUAUUCGGAUGCCGUGCGACAACGUGGACCAGGAGGGUCCGGUGGUAGACUUGAUUAUCGUGAAAGCCAUGUUCCGACAUCGUCACAAGAAAAUCUGAAUCAUGGUAGAAUGUACGGGUACGGAGCGCCACCACCAUCAAGAGAAGCUAAUAAUGUUCCAAUGCCUCGUGUGAAAGGUGCCCUCGAUUGUAGUCUUCUUCCGGCAAUCGAACAUUUGUCUCGAACACGUCAUGCGACUGCUGCUCUCGAUCAAUUGAGACACGUUUUUCGAGAUGUUGAAGAUUCUUGUCCUGGAAUCUGUAAUGAGUUAAUCGAAGAGUUGAUGCAAAGAAUUGCAGUUCCUCAGGUGAGCCAAAGUGACCUCGAUGCUGCCAUUCGCCGACUGACAACCCCACCAUCUUAAAUUUAUAAUCAAAAGACUUGUAUCACAACAUGUACUAUCGUCAAUCAAUCUCCAACCUGUAUGAUAUCCAAAGCAAAUUAUCCCCAACUUUUGUGAUUUUUCGCUAUCCAAUUAAGAUGGUUUCAAUUUCGACCCAUUUUGUCUGGAGUUCUUUUCGAAAUUGACUCUUAUCGAAAAAACAAAUCUCUGUGUUAUCCUACUUUUUCCAUCACUUUUCUCCGCACGGUUCUCAUUAUCUUAUGCGCUUUUCUUUUUCAUUUUGAAAAUAUUUCUCAUUUACUCCCCUUCUAGUACUAUUCGGCCCCAUUUUCUCCCAGGAGCAAGUUCUCCACAUAUCAUCACGAUUCGAUCAUUACUUGUAAAUAUAUCAAUAGUCGAUUCGAGAUUCAUUGAUUUUUUUCUCGAAUUUCUCAUUACCCUUUUCACUUUAUUUCCAAACGAUUCCGAGUGUUUUCUUCCAACCGCUCAAUUUUCCACCUACCUAAUUGUUCUUUAUUAUUUUAACCAAACUUUUCGAUGAUCACCGGUCUCAUUCUCCCCAUUUAGGUCAUUUUUCUCAUGUUUAUUUUAUUUGUGUGUGUGUAGUUUUAAUAACUAUUUCUCUUUUUUUCAUUUAUAAUAUCUCUCAUUGCUCUACAUAUGUUCAUAUGUAGAGAAAAGAGAGAUUACUAUUUCCGCCUUUAUCACUUUUUUUUCUCAUUUGUUUAAUUUAAACGCGGUUAUUCCUCUUCACUUUUCCCUCCCACCCUUUUUUUGCUCCAAAUCAAAAAGUCUUCCAUUGACUGGAUUUAUUUUCAUUAGUUCAUUGAUUAGUAUUGUAUUGGCAGUGUCCAGAGAGACAAACAUGGAUAUGCCUUUGUGAAUAAACAAUUUAAAAUCA